CGCAGGUACGCGCUUCGGUGGAGAUUGCGUGCAAGUCAGCGAUUACUGCAUCUCUUUUCACGCUCCCGGACAACUUUAAAGUUCAGUUUUCUUUGGUGGAUUGUUCUCUUUAAUCAAGAUAUUUUAAAAAGCCUCAGGAUCCAUAUUUUUAAGCAGACCGACCGCACGCAUGCGUGCCGGCGUCAAGGCGAUCGCGCGUUCCCGACGUGCCGAAGGCGCGCAUGCGUGAUCUGCCCGGAGCGGCCGUCAGUUAUUAACUCAUCUGUCGCCGAAUGUGAGGCCGUCAAUAACGGAGGCCGAGAAGGAGGGAGGAGUAGGAGGGAGGAGGAGGAGGCGGAGGCGGAGGGAGCAGGAGUCGCUUGAUUUUGGAUGUUCAACAGAAAUGACAACAAACCCUCCAGCGCCAGAUUUUCAGAACAAAAAUCGUGCUGCUAUCUUGGCAGAGCUGAAACAGGAGAAGAAAAAGUUGAUCAUGCAGAAUCAGUCAUCUAUGAACAACCCUGGAGCCAGUAUUCCUCUGUCGAGGCCUGCUUUUGCUAAGGAUUUUCGGGACCAUGCUGAACAACAGCAUAUAGCAGCACAACAGAAGGCUGCCUUGCAGCAUGCACAUGCACACUCGUCAGGAUAUUUCAUAACCCAAGACUCUGCUUUUGGAAAUCUUAUUCUUCCUGUUUUGCCUCGUUUGGAUCCAGAAUAAGCACCCUAAAAAAACAAUCUCGAUUGUUGGGGAAUUUUUUUGAUAAACAAGACUAUUUCUUGCACCUGAAAGAACACCAGUAAAGAGAAGUGAACUUUCAUCAGUUGAUGCUACUAGUGGACCAUGAUAUUUUAUCUUGCAGGUUUUGUGUACAUUUGCAAGAGGGAAGCAGAUGCCCAAUUUCUGUGAUCCAAUUCAUUGGGGUUUAGUAUGACUGUUCCUCAUUUAUCAUUAAAUUCACCAGCAGUGAAAGAAGCCAAGUUUUCUGUAAAUGUUUAACAGUGAACACAAUCUUGGCUAUCAGGAACUUGUCAAAUAGUGAGGGUACUCGCUAUAAUAAAGGUCCAUCUGCAAGUAAGUUAGUACAUUAUAUAGUGUAUGUGGGUUCAUCCAUGUACCCAGAAAAUAUGGCCUCAUCUGCCUUAUGCUGCUAAUAUAAAAUGGAUUUGCCAAGCUCCUGCUAGGCUGAGGAAAUUUAGAAAUGUACAUUACUGAGAGACUUUUGUAGGCAUGCUUUAGAAAUCUUGACUGUAUAUAAAUGAAUUCUAUUUAGUCUAAGCUCAAAUAAUAUGUGGCUACAUUUAGGAUUUUGUGGAAUGUCAAUUUUGUAUCCAUCAUUUCCUACUUGGCAUAUUAUGUUUCUUCAUUUUAGUUAUCAUCUUGUAUUUUGAGUGAAGCCACUCAGUUUUUCAAUGUUAAAAGCCCAGUUACAGAACUACUUGAUGUACUCUUCCCCUCAUUACAAUUUACCUUGGUGCAGUACCAACUUGUGGAUUGUUAAACAAUUGCUCCCAAAACAGCCACUUAUGACAUCUAAUAGUUAAUUUGUAUUUUUAAAAAAAUACUGGUUACAGCAGACAACUGUGAUCUUGUGUAAUUGUCAUAGAUGGCAUGAGGUGCAAUCAAGUUAAAGAAUCGUCAAAUAAAAUGAAUGUUUAAAUUC